AAUGGAUGCUAAUAAACCACGGAAACGCAGUUUGACUACCUUCCCGAACCUGAAAACAAGAAAUCAGCCAAGCUUCACGCCUAUGAAGGUCGAGAAUAAGUCUUUGGUUCAAGUCCAGCAGCCAUCUUCCAAGGUUAAGAACACCACAAUGACCCGACGCUCACAUAAGAACACAAGCACCAACCUUGCCUCACUCCCUUUUGUGGACACCAAAGGGAAGAAAAACACAGUGAACUUCCCACGAAUCGACAACAAAAUUGUGCCAAAGUCAACCCACCACGAGAGUCAAACUCUCAGCCAGGUGCUGCCUUCUGCCCCUAAGGAUUCAAAGACGUCGUUCCACACUAACAACAAGUCGCAAGAGUCCAAGCCGCAUCCAGAACUUCUGAGACAGCACAAAGUGCCACUUACGGCAGCAGAGGCCCUCAAGUUUUUUAAGAAUCAACUGUCUCCUUUUGAGCAAAGCGAGAUCCUGGGCUACACGGAGCUAUGGUUCCUGGGCUUGGAAGCUAAGAAGCUCAAAGUGGCUCCUGAGAAAUUCAGCAAGACAAGUUUUGAUGACGAACACGGUUCCUACAUGAAGGUGCUGCAUGACCACAUCGCCUACCGCUACGAGGUUCUGGAGAUGAUCGGGAAAGGGUCCUUUGGACAGGUGGCCAAGUGCUUGGAUCACAAAAACAAUGAGCUGGUAGCCCUGAAAAUCAUCAGGAACAAAAAGAGGUUUCACCACCAGGCCCUGGUGGAACUGAAGAUCCUGGAGGCCCUCAGGAGGAAGGACAAAGACAACACCCACAACGUGGUCCACAUGAAGGACUUUUUCUAUUUCCGUAACCACCUCUGCAUCACCUUUGAACUCCUGGGAAUCAACUUGUACGAGUUGAUGAAGAAUAAUAGUUUCCAAGGCUUCAGUCUGUCCAUCGUGCGGCGCUUUACCCUCUCGGUUUUGAAAUGCCUACAAAUGCUUUAUGUAGAGAAAAUCAUUCACUGUGACCUCAAGCCCGAAAAUAUAGUGCUGUAUCAAAAGGGCCAAGUCUCCGUUAAGGUGAUUGACUUUGGGUCAAGCUGUUAUGAGCACCAGAAAGUGUACACCUACAUCCAAAGCCGGUUCUACCGGUCCCCCGAGGUGAUUCUGGGUCACCCCUACAACACGGCCAUCGAUAUGUGGAGUCUGGGCUGCAUCAUGGCCGAGCUCUACAUGGGUUACCCGCUGUUCCCUGGGGAGAAUGAAGUGGAGCAGCUCGCCUGCAUCAUGGAGGUGUUGGGUCUGCCGCCAGCCCACUUCAUCCAGACGGCCUCCAGGAGACAGACGUUCUUUGAUUCCAAAGGUUUCCCUAAAAACAUAACCAACAACAGGGGAGAAAAAAGAUACCCAGAUUCCAAGGAUCUCGUGACAGUGCUGAAAACGUACGACGCCAGCUUCCUGGACUUUCUCAGAAGGUGUUUGGUAUGGGAGCCUUCUCUUCGCAUGACCCCCGACCAGGCCCUCAAGCAUGCCUGGAUUCAUGAGCCACGGAAACUCAAGACGCUGCCCAAGCUUCAGACCCUGCGGAAAUCCAGUUUCUGUCCAGAGAUAAGCAAGGACAAGGCGCAGGCGCAUCACCACUCCAGCAAAAGCAAGAAAGAUGAGAGUACCAAAGAGCCUUCGGACAAAUCAAAAGAUGGCAUCGAGCGGCAUGUUCCGAGCUCAGAAAGUCAACGUGACUCCCCGCAGCACGCAGCUGACACAGUCCAGCUGCCUCACUUAGCAGAAGCUUCUGGAAAGCCGGAGCCUGCUGUUGGGUCAGCAUUGUCCAUGUCCUCCCCGGAACAAAGCAAAAAGUCCUCUAAGAAUGCAAACAUUUUACCACCCAUCGUGUGACCCUGAUGGAAGGUGUG